UAUAUAUAUAAAAUAAGAUAGCUUGUGUUGUGCCAUGAACAAGCAUAAAUACUAAGAUGGGAUGCAUUAAAGGGGAGAAUUGUGGAAGCCAGACACUCCAAAAACUUGCAGAGCAGCUUUAUAAUUUCAAACCCCCAAGUGUACAUGUCAAUGCCAAUGAAGAAGAGGCAGAGAGCAAGUACGGUGACAUUAGUAAUGGCUCAAAUUUUGGAAACAUGGAUUCUUUGUUAGUGCCAAAUGAGCAUUGCUGUAGCUGUGUAAAUUGGAAGGACAAGAGAGCAGCUGUGUUGAUUUGCCUCUUCGAAGGCCAGGAAGGGGAGCUGCGAGUUAUUCUGACAAAGAGAUCUAUGAAAUUGUCUUCUUAUCCAGGAGACGUAGCAUUGCCAGGAGGAAAAAUGGAAGAUGGAGAUCAAGAUGAUUCCGCAACCGCACUAAGAGAAGCCAUGGAAGAGAUUGGAUUAGAUUCGGAAUUGGUUAAAAUUGUUGCCAAUUUAGAGGCUUUUGAUUCCCUGAACGAGCUUAAGGUUGUCCCUGUGAUAGGUCUAAUAUCCAGGAUAGAAGAUUUCAAUCCUGUUCUCAAUUCCCAUGAAGUUGACGCCAUUUUUGACGCUCCACUGGAAAUGUUUCUCAAGGCAGAAAAUCAUAGAAUUGAAGAGAGGGAAUGGAUUGGUUGGAAAUAUAUUCUCCAUUGUUUUGAUUUCGAGUCUAAACAAGGGAUUGCUUUUCACAUAUGUGGCUUGACUGCAAGCAUUCUGAUUAGAGCAGCCUCUGUUAUCUACCAAAAGCCUCCGGAUUUCAAGUAUGAACAUCUUCUUGACUUUCAAGAGUUGCAAAGAGCCUUGAAUAGCCUGGCUUAAUCACUUGAUUGUAUUAUAUUCAGCGGUGUAAUUACAAUGUAAUAUCUAUAGGUCAAAAGUUUGGCUGCAUUAGUUAAAACGGCAAUUUAAUUUCUCAAGAAAUCCGUGGCUCUUUUUGUAACACUCUGACCAAUGGGUCUGAGUUUGUGGGAUGGUCAUAGCAUUUUUCCUGAGUUUGGAGAAAUUAUUAUCUAUUUCAACACAUAUUUUAUUA